AUGCCCGAGGGAAAUCAGAGCAUGAUAACGGAAUUCAUCCUCACUGGAUUCCCAGGACUUCAUCCACAGUACCAACACCUUGCCUCAGCAGUACUGUUCUUAGUUUAUUUUUUAACUGUGACAGGCAAUGUCAUAUUUCUUUUUUUAUUUGCAACCGACCGCAGCCUUCAUAAACCGAUGUACUACAUCAUUUUAAAUCUGAGUGUAUGUGACCUUCUCUUUAGCACAACCACUUUACCUAAGAUCAUCAGUAAGUAUUGGUUUCAGUCAGGGAGCAUUUCUUUCACCGCUUGCUUUGUUCAAAUGUACUUUGUCCACUAUCUUGGCACAGUGAAUUCCUACAUCCUGUUCCUCAUGGCUUUAGAUAGGUAUUUGGCGAUCUGCCAUCCUCUCAGAUAUCACCUCAUUCUUAAAAACUCCACAAUCCUCAUUCUCAGUAUUACCGCAUGGGUUGUUGCCAAGGCACCCUCUUUAAUGUUAGUAAUUCGGGCCUACCCUCUUCCUUACUGUGCCUCAAACAUAAUCAACCACUGCUACUGUGAUCAUAUUGGUAUAACGAUGCUAGCAUGCACCAACAGGGCCCCUUAUGGUUUUCCUGCUUUUGUGUUGGCAAUGAUUAUGUUACUCGGACCUCUGUCAUUCAUCAUUUUCUCAUAUUGCUCUAUUAUUAUUGCAGUAUUCAAGAUAGCAAAUUUACAAAGUCGCAUGAAGUCUCUGUCCACUUGUAGCACUCAACUGAUUAUAAUCUCGCUCUAUUAUUUACCCAGAUGUUUUGUAUAUUUAGCAAGCAAUGUUGGUAUUAAAUUUAGUGCUGAUAUGAGAAUAGUAAUCAUCAUGCUGUACAGCCUUUGCCCCCCCAUGAUUAAUCCACUUUUAUACUGCUUAAGAGCUAAAGAUAUGAGAGAAAGCUUACAGAAGCAUUUCAAGAAAAAGGCUGCUCCACAAAAAGCACAAGUUUCAGCUAUCAGUGACUAA